AUGUGUCUUCUCAAGCACAGCAAAUCACCGGAAGUCUUAGUCCCUUGUCAUCUCUGUGAGACCCAGCAUCCGGAGAUCCUGUCUCACCACUUCAUCCUACUCAUUGCCAACUUUCACCUUACUGAUAACAUACCUGUACAUGGCUUGUACAACUCUCAUCCACCAUUCGUCUCUCCUGAGCUUCCAUAUUUUGCUUACCUCACUCUACGUAUUCGAGCUUUGAAAAAGCAUCUGACUUCUUUCAGAAAGGAUAAAGUUUCCAAAAGUAUGUUGUCUGAAAAGAUAGCAAAACGGAGAAAGAUGUUGAAAAUUCUGAAAAAGCAGAACAUGAUCAACUUCCAAUGGUUAACGAAGGAACUAAGAAUACUAUAUGCUCCUGUACCUAAAUAUAUCUAUUGGCCUAUGACCAAGAAAGGCAACAGGAAAAGGAGGUCACACAAAAAAGCGUUCCGAAUGAAAAUACAAAAGAUUGAGAAACUCCGCGAAAAAUACAGGGAGGAAAAAAUUAUAUUUGAUGCAUACAAAGCUGAAACUCUGAGCGAAAUUGAAAAAGAUUUGAAAGAUCUUAACCUGUCCAUAGAUGAUGUCUAUGAUCCAGUAGCAUUGUCCAAAAAGGAACGAGUUAAAAAAGAAAAGGUCCAGUUUCAAGGCCGUAUAUGGUAUUAAGACCUGUUGGUUUUUGCAAUAAAUUUAUAUUUCAUUCAAAUUA